AUGGGUUGUCUGAAGCGACGGCCAAUCAAGCCGCAUUACGUCACGUGCGCUUGCACGAAAGCGGCGAGGGUGCGCCGGGAAGGGGAAAGUGAACUAAGCUUAUCAAUUCGCCUUCUGCCUGCCUUCGCCUUCCCCUCUCCCCAUCGCCCAUCUCUGCAGCCCGUGUCCAUUUUGCUCAGUUCUUCUUUGCGCCCGCCCGACUGCAAUCGCCCGCCCGUUCUUAAUGCACCACCACCAGUAAUGCCCCCGCCCGAUUCGGCCCUGCUGACGCCGGCCAUGGCGUCACCGUCUGGCUUCACAACGUCUGCUCGCUCGCACACUUCCAGGCCAGAAUUGACCCUGCCGCCUUUCAUGCUGCGAGAGUUACCGGUGUCGAUGUCGUCAACGCCAGAUGUGAUGGCUGAAGUCGCAGCUUCCUCCGGCUCCACCGGCAGAGGCAUUCUUAUCGGCCUUCUUUCAGCUUUAGGAUCCGCCGGAGUCGCCAUUGUCGUGCUGACUAUCAUCGUUUUUUUCAAAUAUACGAGGCGCGGUCGAAUCCUGCUUGAUCGAAUAGGGAGACCGGGAGAAUUUGACGAUGAAGAAGCGUUCGCUCGAGAGGAGGCUGAAGCCUUGGAGAUCAUGGAUGACCUUUCUAGGGCCGAGUAUCUUCGAUCUAAAGCUUUUAUUCAAGCAAAUCCACCCGAAACCAUGCAGACCGAUAUCUCGCUAUCGCAGUUUCUGGCUAUACAAGAAAAGGGAGUUUCUGCCUGGGAAUUUGAACCGGAACUGGAAAUCGCCAAUUGUUUUGUGGAGGGCCGAACCGAAAUUGAAUUCUUCGACUCGGAAUGCAGCGUUCAGACCAACCUGCCUGUUCCAAAACAGAACGAGGUCUAUUACUGGGAAUCCAAGAUAUACGAUAAACCGGAGUCGACCUUGAUUAGUAUCGGCAUGACUACAAAGCCGUAUCCAUUAUUUAGACUGCCAGGGUUUCAUAAAAUGUCUGUCGCCUAUCAAUCGACUGGUCAUCGAAGAUACAACCAACCCUUCAAGGCUCUCAACUAUGGCCCAGAGUAUUCCCAAGGCGAUGUCGUUGGAGUGGGAUAUCGACCGCGAUCCGGCACGCUAUUUUUCACACGCAAUGGAAAGAAGCUGGACGAUGUCGUACAUGGCCUCAAAUCGCCGAAUUUCUUUCCAACAGUUGGUGCCAACGGACCAUGCACAGUGCAUGUUAAUUUUGGGCAGAUGGGAUUUGUUUUCAUCGAGGCUAAUGUAAAAAAAUGGGGGUUGGCUCCCAUGACUGGUAGUCUUGCACCGCCACCGCCCUAUGGAAGUGAACAAGGAAGUAUCCUCCUUGAAUCAGGGCGCGAGACCACUGCUCCUGUUGCCCGUGGAUAUAUCGAUGAUGGAUAUCGAGGCUCGCGGUCAAAUGCGCCUAGUCCCGGUCCGAUCCGAUCACCAACCGAUAUCUCUCUAGCACAGCUGGCGCAUAUACCCUCGCACGAGGAUAUUGGUGAAGGCUCGAGUCGCUUCAGGUCGGGUGCCGCAGAGGAGGGUCUAAAUAUAGUAACCGCGACGAGCCCGCCCCCAGAAUACUCAAGUCCAGAAUUGAGCAGACAGAAUAGUCUUAGUUCGGAGAAUGGGGAUGAAGAUGAGGAUGCUGGUCAUCCGCCAGGGUAUUCUGCUGUGAUGACUGAUGAAGAGAGACAAGAAGAUCAAAUUCAGCGCGAACAGCAACGAUGA